UUUUUAUUUUUCGUUAAGUUUUUGUAAACUUUUAAAAAUUUAUGCUUCCAAGGCAAUGGCACAUAGUCGGGUUAGACCCGCAACACCAAUUCUCUGGCCCCUAUUAAUUUUUUUGCAUAUUUUUAAAAGAUUAUAGAGUAGACACCUGCCACAAACCUCAUUUGGUUGAUGUAAUGUCUUCAUAAAAUUGAAUUUUCCUAGGAUUAGAGAAUGCAAACAUACAUUGAAGAUUUCUGUCUUCUGGGUUGUUGCGCUGUGUAGUCUGGUCGAUGUUAACCAAUGUUUCAGAGGUCAUACUGCCUCCGUGCCUGAUGACAGAAAUCUUCAUACUCACCGCUGUGAAAACCUCAAAUCUUACAAACAUACAUUAUUUACUGAAGGAUUUGAUACACUAGUUUCCCUUGUAGAUAUCCAUUCCAAAUAGAACUAGUUCAUGUAACUUAUUUUAAAAUUUUCCUCUGCAAUGACAGGAAAAUUCUGACAUGACUCAGUUCUUCCUCAGGACUUUGUAAUGAAGAUAAUCAGUUCGGGUUCCCCCUAAUCUACCCUGCGCAGACAAGAACCAUUGUGUGAAAUCAGUUAUAAAACCAUCCUAGAACAUGGUGUGGUGACAGCCUGAUGGCAUGAAGUUACAUGCUGAAAGUCACUUUAGAAACAUAAUCAUGUCGACAACUCGUUAUAGUACCGCCUUUGCUCACGUAGUUUCUGCUGGUGUUUGCAUAUGGGCAAUUAGGGCUAUUAGGACAUCUCAGCAAACUUUGAACUUCCCACUUGGGAGUUUUGGAACUUUCCUUGUUAAUUCUGCAUUAGGUAUUCUAAGGUUUGGUAAUCCUGAAUUUGGCGGAAAAAUGAAAAGUGUAUAUGGACACACUUUAUUUAUAAGUAAAUGUGUUGGUUUACCGUGCGUUGCGACCCAAAUGUGUCUCCGCUAUGGUAUCCAGGAGGAGACUGCCUAUAUUCAUUUGGGAUGUACUACAUUACCCAUCAUAGCACACAUUUUUAAAGACAAACGUGAGAAGAAGCUACUUGAUAUGGUGAUGUUAUUUAAUCUGAUAUCAGCUGUGUAUUUCAGUUACCUCAAUGUAAACCAUUAUGGACUUGCAAUGGCAAUAUCUUACACAAUUAAUCAUUUUAUUAUUGGAACAGACAGUACUGCAUUUGAUACUAGUGUACCGUCUCUUGACUUAUUCAUGUAUGGAUGCUGCUUUUUUUAUUUCUUUGCUGUCAGAACCCUUUUAGACUGAUAUAAUCUAUUUACAAAUAUGCCACUGAAUCUCCAAGUUUUAUAAGACUUACUGUCACAAAGAUACCAUAUAAUGUUUUAUGUCAUUGCUAUAUUCAGCAUUUCAUAUGUAUUGUUAUGAAUAAAAAUUUUAUACGGGUUUUCUUUCGGGUCCUUA